CUUGACGAUCUCCUGCGGCUCCCACUGUUUCUGGAGGAGUCCAGAUUUCUUUCUGCCCGGAAGCCCUUGAGAACUGCCGUCCUGGUUGGGCCCUUUCUCGUGGCUGUGCUUUUCUCCAUCCAGCUGGCCGAGGCCUGGUCGCUGCUGAGUGUGGACCCGUGGGGGGGUCUGGCUUCCUGCGUGGGGGGACCCACGCGCUUCUCACCUUCUCUCUUCGUCCAGGUGCUGCUGCACGAGGAGGCGGGUGAUUCUGGCUUUGUCAGCCUGUCCCGCCUGGGCCCCUCUCUGAGGGACAAGGACCUGGAGAUGGACGAGCUGGCGCUGCAGGACGAGACGCUGCUGGGGACCAUGCAGAGCUACAUGGACGCGUCCCUCCUCUCCCUCAUCGAGGACUUCGGGAGCCUCGGAGAGAGCAGGUUGUCUCUGGAGGACCAGAAUGAAGUGUCGCUGCUCACGGCGCUGACGGAGAUCUUGGACAAUGCAGAUUCUGAGAACCUGUCUCCGUUUGACAGCAUUCCCGACUCCGAGCUGUUUGUGUCCCCGCGAGAGGGCUCCUCUCUGCACAAGCUGCUUACUCUGUCUCGGACGCCCCCUGAACGUGACCUUAUCAGCCCGACGGACCCACUGGGGCCCGGCACAGGCAGCAGCAGAGUGAGUGGGACAAGCCUGGCUGAGAUGUCUCUCGUAGAUGCCCCUUGGGACUUCCCCCCUCCCGCCUUCUUGGAGACCUCUUCCCCCAAACUUUCUAGCUGGAGACCCUCGCGAUCGAGACCACGCCGGGGCCAGUCCCCACCCCCACAGCAGCGCAGUGACGGAGAGGAGGAGGAGGAGGUAGCCAGCUUCAACCAGAUUCUUGCUGGGGAGCUCGACACUUCCGUGGGCAGCAUCCCAGACUUCCCCAUGCACUUGGCCUGCCCUGAGGAGGAAGGCACAGCUGCAGUCGCUGAGGUGGCCGUGCCAGCCGCUGGCGAUGAGAGUGUCUCCUCCCUGAGCGAGCUGGUGCGGGCCAUGCACCCAUACUGCCUGCCCAGCCUCACCCAGCUGGCAUCGCUGGAGGACGAGUUUCCGGAGCAGCCGGAUGACGUGGCCCUGCCUGAGGGCUGCAUGGUGCUGGAGAUCGUGGGGCAGCCGGCCGCAGCUGGCGACGACCUGGAGAUCCCAGUCGUGGUGCGGCGGGUCCCUGCGGGGCCCCAGGCUGCGCUCCUGGAUGCCUCACUGGAGCCUGGGCCUGCCUUGCAGCUGCUCACGCCCACAGUGGUGCCGAAGGCCGCGGAGGCCGCUGUGCCCGGGGCGGCCCUCUGGCCUGCGGAGGCAAGGCUGUCGCCGGGCUCAGAGAAGUCGGACGCUGUGGCCUGCCUGUUGGAGCCCAGCGAGGUCCUGGAGCCAGUGCUGCCCAAGGGGCCUCAGAACCCACCUUCCAGCGGAGAGCUGGGCUCUCCGAGAGCUCGAAGGGGCAGGAGGAAGAAGAGCAGGGAGCCGCCGGCGGCCUGUGUGGAGGGCCCUGCUCGCAGGCUGAGGUCGUCCUCCCGGGGGCAGCCUGCCGUGACUGCGGAGGCGACCUCUCAGGCGGGCAGCUGGCAGAAGCAGCCCCAGGGCGAGCGCCAAAGAGAGAUGAGGCCUCUCCAGGGCCGGGGCAAGCCCCGGGCUUGGGCUCGGGCCUGGGCAGCUGCCCUAGAGAAGCCUACUUCCGAGGACUCGGAGAAGAGUGCUGGACAGCCUAGUCCUGCCAGGGAAGGUCCUCUCAACCUCUGCCCCGAGCCGGUUGUGUCGGCCCAAGCUGACCCCAUGUCUGCUGACACUGCUUCAGCUGGUGCCACCGCGGUCAGCCCUGCUCUGGCCGACCCUGUGUCGGCUGACCUCACUCCAGCCGGCUCAGAGCCGGUCGACCCCUUCCUGACUGGCCCGGCGCUAUCGGACCCAGUCCUGGCUGACUCGGCAGCAGCCGACCCUGCGGUGACCGUUCCCGUCCCAGAUCACCUACCACCAGUUGACGCUGGUCCCUGUGGCCCAGCNCCAGCCGAUCAAGCACCACUCGACCCUGUCCCCGAUGAUGUGGCUCCAGUCGAACUUGCGCCCGUGAAGUCCAGACCAACCGAUCCCAGACGCGGUGCGGCAUUGUCAGCCCAGGGAAGUCCAGCCCCCCAGCUCCUCCUGGAGUCAGAGUCCCUGGACCCCCCGAAGGCCGUCAGCCCUGAAGCCACCCAGGGCGUGGGUCCUCCGAAGGCGGAGAGCGGUACCAGUGCCGCCGCCCAGGAAGCCAGGCCGCGGCCUCUCAGCCUGUCCGAGUAUCGGCGACGGAGGCAGCAACGCCAGGCAGAGGCAGAAGCGAGGAGUCCCCAGCCCCCGGCAGGGAAGUGGCCCAGCCUUCCGGAGACCCCCACGGGGCUGGCAGACAUCCCCUGCCUCGUCCUCCCAUCAGCCCCAGCCAAGAAGACCGCAUUGCAGAGAAGCCCAGAAGCCCCGCCUGAGGCGUGUGUCAUGCCUGCGGGUCCCAGCCCUGCUUCUCCCAGCCCUGCUUCUCCCAGCCCUGAGCUGCCUGCAGGCAGACCUGUGGCCUCAACUCCCCCUGAGCAGCUGCCGCCCCGAGAAACGCCACUGCUGGCAAGACCCUCCCCUUCGGCACCGCCCAUGGCGCCCGCCGCUCUGCCUUUCUCCCCCUGUGGGCUGGCCGUGCCCUCCAGCCUGCCCCCACCGCCCUUGCAACCCUCUGGUCUCCCGGGGCCUGUGGGGUCUGUGCUGCCUGACCCCUAUACCAAGUAUGCCCCUGUGCCUCCCUGGCCUUGUUACCCCCCCGUGUCCCCUUCUGGGUAUCCGUGCCUGCCGCUGCCACCAGCAGUGCCCUUGGUGUCUGGUACUCCUGGCGCCUGUGCUGUGCCCCCCGUGCCCCCUACCUGCAGAGUGCCUUGGGUGUCCCCUCCUGCCCCAGCGUCACCCUACAGUUCCAGCUGCGCCUACGGGCCCUUGGGAUGGCACCCGGGGCCCCAGCACCCUCCGUUCUGGUCUGCCAUCCCCCCGCCUCCUUUGCCUCCAGCGUCUGCUGGGAGAGCUGUCCCGCCACCCAAGAUGGAGCCCAGCAGCCUUCCAGCAGGCCCUCCUGAAAAUGUAGUUCCUGUCCCAAUGGCUCCUCCUCUCGGCCUUGGACCGGCUGGCCACGGGACGCCACAGAUGGAGCCUGCCAUGGUGGAGGUCCGGCCGGCACCUGCAUCUCCCCACGGGAAACACAAGGGGUCCUCACUGGUGCAAAGCCCCCGGGUGAAGAAGGCUCCCCCAUGCGUGUCUGUUGAAGAGCCCACGCCUGUGGCGCUGCAGUCUGAGGCCCAGGAGGCCAGGCCCGGGGAGAAGGCCCCCUCUCCUGCUGCCAAGGUUGCCCCUGCACCACGGCAGGGCACUGUCCCUAAGCUGCCUGCGGUCCACCCUGCCCGUCUGAGGAGGCUGUCCUUUCUGCCUGCCCCACGGACACAGGGCUCGGAAGACGUAGUCCAGGCUUUCAUCAGUGAGAUUGGAAUUGAGGCAUCGGACCUGUCUAGUCUGCUGGAGCAGUUUGAGAAAUCAGAAGCCAAAAAGGAGGGUCCUCCCCCGGCUUCUGCUGACAACCUGGCUGUAGGAAACUCAGGCAGCGUUGACACUCCCCAGGAGAAGAGGCCCCUAGACCGGUUACAAGCCCCAGAACUGGCCAACGUGGCAGGGCUCACCCCUCCAGCUACCCCUCCCCACCAGUUAUGGAAGCCCCUGGCUGCUGUCUCUCUGCUGGCCAAAGCCAGAUCUCCUAAGUCUACCGCCCAGGAGGGAACCCUGAAGCCUGAAGGAGUUACGGAGGCCAAACAUCCAGCCGCAGUCCGCCUCCAAGAAGGGGUCCAUGGCCCUAGUCCGGUCCAUGUGGGCUCCGGGGACCAUGACUAUUGUGUCCGGAGCAGGACGCCCCCCAAAAAGAUGCCCACCUUAGGCAUUCCAGAGUUAGGCUCCCGAUGGAAUGUGAAGCGCCAUCAGGACAUAACCAUCAAGCCUGUCUUGUCCCUGCGCCCGGCCACCCCUCUGCCCCCAUGUGCCGCUGCCUCCCGGGAGCCGCUGGAUCACAGGACUAGCAGUGAGCAGGCGGAGCCCGCGGCACCUUGCCCCGCCCCGUCUGCCUUGCUGUCCCCUGAGGCCUCACCCUGCAGGAGCGACACAAGCACUAGGACUGCCCCUGAGCCCUCAGCCACGCAGCGGUCAGUGCGCUGUUACCGAGAAGCCUGCAGGUCAGCCAGCCCCCCAGGCCGGGGCUGGCAGGGCCGCCGAGGCCGCAGCAGCCGCUCCGUCAGCUCUGGGUCCAGCCGGACCAGCGACUCGUCUUCCUCAGCCUCGUCGUCUUCCUCCCGCUCCCGCUCCCCGCCGCACAAGAGGUGGCGAAGGUGA